AUGCUAAGAAGCGAAUUGAGGAUUGUUCCAUGGCGUUUUGAGACAGAUCUGACGAGAGUUGGUGAGCUCUUAUAUCCUUCCAAAUACGGAACCGUAGACUUGCGGCAUCAGGCAAUAAAAGAGGUCAAAUGCUGGGCAAGUAGAGGACCGUAUGUUCCGCACACAGUGGAAUCAACAGCGCAUUUGACAGAAGCUAAAUUAUUGGACGAGCAGGUGGUCACUGGAGAAACCGUUUUGCAGCUGAGUUACACCAUGGCCAUGAUCAGAUUUGUGAAUGGUCUUUUGGAUCCGAUGCAACAAUCACAGUUUGCCAUCCCAUUGCACGUCUUGGCAGAAAGAAUGGGACUUCCAUCCUGGUUUGUUGAGCUACGGCACUGCGGGACUCAUGAAAGAGAAAUGCCAAGUCUGGACAUGCUACGGGUGGCAGUUGACCAGGCGUUAGAGUGGCUAUGGGUUAAUUACUGGAACGCAGAGCCUGUGCAAAAUUCCGCUGAUGAAAAAACCAAUCAAACAGAAGUCGAGGAGACGCCUUUGAGAGAUGCAGUGACAAAUGUUGAAAGUGUAGACAAAGUUAUGAAGAAAGUGGCAUCAAUCACUAACCUUCUGAUCAAAAACCCCGACUUGGGAAAAGCUCAACGUGUGUCGUCCUCCUUCACGGGCGAUGCGGGGCCCCAAAUUCCUCCAUCCAAAAAGCGCAAGAGUCAGGAAAAGCCAGAGGAUAAGCUAGAGAGGUUUGUGCUGCUAGCUAAAGAAACGUGGAGAGGUUGCAAAUCCCAACCGGACAUUUUCUUGGAGAAGUUCAUUGGAAAAUACAACUCUAGCUCACCGUUGAUACUGGAGCUUUUAACACAACGUAUCCAGCCAUUCGGAUUCGAGCUGAGUCGAUGGAUUUUACAAAACUAUCAAAUGUGUCUCAAAUCGGAGAAGAGCCCGCUGCGACAGGCUUUCGAUGCUUCCCAGCUGAAGAGGUUUUUAUCAGAGGUGUGCAAAUACGCCCUUAACGUGAAAAUGAUCAUUGUUGAUUGGGAAAAAUGGUCUAGCCUUUUGCGAGAGUAUCCGAACUGGAUCUCACUACAAAUACUGCAGAGCUGCGAGACUGAUCUGAUCACCGUGACCGAAAAGUUUCGCAGGCGGUACCAGUCCGAAAUAGCAGAUUUGAAAGAAUUAUCAAAGCGUUUUCAAAAAUGCGUUCUGAAAUCCGAGUUGACAAUGUACCAAUUGACAAGCUCUGCUCGACCAACGAGCAGCACGGCAGCUAGCAAAAGCUCUGUUGCCAACUCUACCAAUGAGAUCUUGAAUGACUUGCGAAAAUUGAAGCAAAAUGUGGCCGAGAAAAAGAUAUAUGCAUGGGAGCCUGUAGAGAAUUGGACGCCGCGACCUUUCGGGCAGACGUAA